CGGAGCUGGGGUUGACACAAAGGACACGUCUCCUGUUUGGCCAUACACUGCCCGCUGAUCUGUGGAGUGUCCGAGAUGUCAACUAACGGGAGUAUCGACCGUGGUUAUGCAUGGGUGAUUCUGACCGUCAGCUGGCUACAGGUGGUCAUCGCGGGCAUGUUGUACUAUUCUACCGGCGUCAUCAUAACAGCUGUAUUGGAGGAAAUGGAAGAGGGAGUCGUUAAGACGUCGUGGGUUGGGUCCUCGUUGUUAGGAACUGUGAUGCUGACGGGACCAAUCACAAGUUCACUUGUAAAUUUGCUGGGUUGUCGCCUCUCGUCCAUCAUUGGAGGAAUAUUGAUUCUGGCCGGCAUGGUUGGCGCCUCUUUCGCCAACUCUAUCAACAUGCUCAUUGCAUCCUAUGGCGUCGUUGUUGGUCUUGGGAUGAGUUUCAUGGAGACAGCAGCCAUUGUAAUCACCGGUCAUUACUUCGUCAAGUAUCGCCCUCUAGCGGCCGGGAUUCAGACGUCCGGUGCAGGGUGGGGAAUGCUGAUUGGCGCACCACUAGUGCGUCUUCUGUUGGACACUUUCGGUUUAAGUGGAAUGUUUCUUAUACUGGGCAGUGUUGGAGCCAAUUCAUGUGUGUGUGGAAUGCUCAUGAGACCAUCGCCAUUCGAAAAUCAGAGAUCAUCAACAAGUGAUAACAUUUUGCAGGAGGAAGACAACACAAAUAGGCAAAUAGUAAGCUGCUUUUUCUAUCGAUUCAGGGAGAUUAUAUAUGAAUUUGGACAAAUACUGUCCAACGUUAGUUUCCUUUUGUAUGCCAUAUCCUUCGCAACAUGGGGUUUUGGGGAAUCCGCUUUCCAGAUACAUCUCCCCAAUUAUGUGGAAUCAAAGGGAACAAGCCAACAGAGGUCGGCCAUGUUAUUUACAGCCAUGGGAAUUUCAAGCAUGAUCGCUCGAGUGCUGGGUGGGUUUGCUGCCAAUGAUCCUGCAAUUGACUCACUGAUUCUGCACAUGGGCACAGUCGGUGUUGCUGGUGUGGUCAUCAUGGUGUUUACAUUGUUUUCUGACACUUAUUUACAACAAGUCAUAUUUUCGUGUUUGUAUGGCAUUUAUACUGGAGGACCAAUAGCUUUGUUCAACCCUAUCACCGCGGAUCUAGUUGGAGUGAAACGGCUGGCAACUGGAUAUGGAGUCAAGAAUCUCUUUGUUGGACUAUCGCUACUGCUAGGACCUCCAUUUGCAGGUAUGGUGCUGGACGCCUCGGGGAGCUAUGAUGUCAGCUACUUGUGUUCAGGUGCUGCCCUUAUUGUGGCUAGUCUGCUGUCUAUUCCAAUAGCUGCAUUAAAAAAGACCAAUCAAAUCAAGCAACACACGGAGGCUGAUAUUGAGAUGAACCCUGUAUCUAUGGAGGACGAUAAAGAUGAAACUAGCGCCAAAUUAGAGCCCCUUUUAACCCGUCGAUUGGAUUCUGUUGCGGAGAAGAGUGCUGACACUGCAUAACGGGGGGAGCACAUACGAAACAAGUUACUGUGUUGUUUAACUGGUCUUAACAACACUUUAGUUACACCACAUGACGUCUUAGCUUCAUGUGAGACGCGAUCCAGAAGCAGUAUAUAUCACAGACUGUAUCAUUUUGGCGAAACCCACGAGCACGGCUAGAUGUGUGAACACUCGGUUUGCCGGCAUGAUGUUGGUUGAAAGAGGGGUCAGUCUCAACACUUGAAGGUUGAAUUGAUGGUUGACGGAAAGCCCAUGGAUGUUUCUGAAUUGAUACAAGACGGUUGGAUGGACAACCACAGCCCAUAGUAGUGUUUGAUACUACAAAUUGUACUUUGGCUUUACGUGAAUGAAAGCUAUUUUAAAGGAUUUCAAGUACAAAUGUCGAGCCAGUAAGGGGAAGAUAAAAACUUUAAUUAGAAUGCUAUGCUGGGCUACACAUGGUGUUAGGGGAGAAAGGACAUUGUUCAGGCGGAUGUUGGAUCUUAGAAUUCUGCGCCUGGUGCUUAAUGUAAAACUAGGAGACAAUGUCAGAGGGGAUGUUUCGUGGUUUGAAUUUCUGGAGCCGAAGGACGUCAUUGAAUUAAGCACUUCACAUCUAAGAACCUAUAGCAAGGCAUUUAACCCCAACAAAAGGGUUGACAUUUAUACUGACAAUCCUACUUGAAGGCAGCAGUAAUGGUAGUGCUAUGGCAGUGUUAAUGGUGUUUGAUUUCAACAUAUUUUAUUCAGAUUGAAAUGGAUUGGGAACAAGUUAUCCAACUUAGGACUCCCUCUCCAUGGUAUUUACAAAGCUUGUACAGUAAAUCAUAUACAAGGAAAACAGAAAAGAAGAUGAGUGUAAAGAUAACAAGAAAUGUACAAGAGAGAUAGACUAGUAUAUGUACAUUAAAGUGUU